AUGGCAACAAUGAAUCGUCAGUAUGGCCGUCGAGGAGCAACUAAUACAAAUAGUGCUAAAAUUGCUAGUUCCGAUUCGGGUGUUCCAUUAUCUCCUUCAUCUACAGGUUCGACAUUGGCACCACCUCGUCGAUAUGUUCUUGAUGUCCCAACGAACCGAACACGACGUACAAGACUUUCAUCAACUAAUCAAGUCGUGGAUGAAAAUAACGAAAUGUAUGCACAUCGUUUAGGUAGUAAUGGUACAAUCACUAAUUCAAAUGCUAUUACAACCGAUAUUUAUACUAAUAAUGCUGAACAAUUUCCGCGAUCAGGUUCUAAAGAAUACUACUAUCGGGAUGGUGGAAUCGAAUAUUCAACAUCAACCUCGAAUCGGUAUUUAGAAGAUUCAACUAUCAAACAAAUGAUGCAAUCAAAUCCAACAUAUCAAAUUACAGCAGAUGAAGAUGCAGAAGUUCAAGCAUUAACAGCCAAAGCUACACCUGAUGUAAAAAACUACCCAAUUAAUGUCGAUCCUAAUCCAGAAUUAGUUGUUCGUCCAAAUACACAAAGAUUAACGUAUACACAGGAUAUUGCUGUUAGAUAUUUGAAACCCAAUACACCACCUCCACCAGGUCCUAUUAUUAUUCGUGAAAUUCGUGCACCACCACCACCACCAGCUCCGCCAAUGAUUCUUCGUCAGCGUCCUCCACCACCACGCACACCUUCACCGAUCAUUAUUCGUGAGAAACCACCUGCACGCCCUAAAUCAGUACCAACAACGAUUAUCAGAAAGAUUAUUCAACCACCACCACCUCCACCUCGUAAAUUAAUUAUUGAACGUUUACCAAAUCUUCCGCCUAAACCGCGUCCUGUCAUUAUUGAACGUUGGCUACCAUAUCAUAAACAGAAACGUCAAGUUAUACAUGAAAAAGCUAAGCCAUUAGAACCAACGGCUCGUAUAAGAAAUACUAUUAUUGAAUGGCGUCCACCAGAGGUUGAAGUUGUAAAACAUGUGAAAAAAUUGGGAAUAACCGAAGCGGAUCCACAACGGUAUUACACACAACAUGGAGAUAAAUUAUACGCAACAGAAUUCGUUCAACGUAAAUUGACUGAAUUAGGUUUACAAGAAGAAUUAGCUUUAAUGCAAGACCAACAAUUGUCUGCAGCAAAAGAAGAAACUGCAAUAGAACAAGCAGAUGAUUAUAAUGUUCGACAAAUUCUUAAUGGUUACAAUCAAUCAUCAUUAUCACGACAAACUUAUGGUGGAAGUACAACAGCACGUCUUGUUCGAUCAUCAUCACAACCAGGCCUGGUCAAUGAAUAUGGUGAUCAACAACAAGUAAGGUAUGAAUAUACACCGGAUAGCUCUGGAUCGGUUGUUUACGAAACAAAUAAUUAUGGAACAGAUGGAAUUACAUCAAAUGCUCCCGUUCUUACUGAAGAAAUGCUUGUACGAUCACAUACAAAUAGUGGUGGUAAAUUUCCAACACAUCUUUUAACAAAACUUGGUUCACAAGUAUACGAUAUGCCAUCUGAUCAAGUUGAAUUGGAAAAUGAUGGAAGACGAAUAACAAAGAUGACAACAAGAACACGUUAUUAUACAGUUACUCAAGGCGAAGGAGGCUACGAGUCAGCUGCUGAUGAAACAAGUGAAACGUCACCUCGUUAUACUGAAGAAAAAUAUGUUCAAAUAAAAGCAUCAGAUUUACAAGAUGUUUUAGCUAAUUACGAUGUUUAUUCAAGCCAAGGUGCAAAAUUAGAAGGAGAACAAAUAAAUUAUUAA